UGUCUUAACUUCAAAACGCAAUAUAUGUUUUAAUUUUCGUUUGUUUGACAAGCAAAUAGUGAAAUAAAUUAUAUUAUUUACAGGGCAUUUACAGACAAGAUAGGACUAACAUUAGUCAUGUAUCUACAUGCAAAUGUAACUGACAUGACGUAUGUGGACAGGUUACUCGCUUUUGUCAUAUCUGCUGUAGCUCUAUAUUUGACUAUCACAUAUCAUCCUGAUCAGAAAAAUGGAAAUUAAAACAAAUGAGAUGAACCCAGCGAAGAGCUGUGAUGUGACAAGAGGGCAUGAACACUACCUCAGUCAUAUAUUGUUAUUGGAACAAGCUUCGCCCAUCGCAUUGAAGGCCAUUAUAAAAAGAGAAGAGAAAAAAUGUGGAAAAGAUAUUGGGAUUUUGCUAAUUGAGAAUAAAGAUACGUUUAAAACCCAGUACGAAAUAGAGUUUCUUCAAUUAUUUCAAAGAGAAGAUGUUAAUGACAACAUUGAUACGUGGGACACUCUUCAAUUGUGUGCUGUUACAUUUGCUUUGUUUAAAUCUGAUCUAACUGAACCAGAAGUUAAAGCCAUUCAAUGUAUAUAUGAUCAGAGGAAAGAUAUUGAACAUUACUUAGAAUGUGCCUCCCUAACAUACAAUACCUACAAGGAGAAACAAUAUUUAUUGCACAACCAAUUACUUGAGUUAAUAACGCUCAUAGACGACAAAGCUAAUCUUGAUUGUAAACGUAUGGUGUUUUCAUUUCAAUCAAAAACAAUAAAAUUAAGCGAAUCACAGAUAGGCAAACUAACACAGACAGAUGACAUUAACACUCAUCUUAAAAUUGCAAUAGAAGAAGAUGUCGUAACAGAGAAUGAUAUCAUUGGCGAAGAGAACGAUCAACAGCUCCAGACAAAUGGCCAAACGUUCACUGAAGAACUUCAGAACAAAACUGUCUACGUCAAUGAUUCAGCUGUUUUGACAUGUAAACUGAACAUUCCAACAGAUGAAAAUGUUGAGUGGAGGAAAGAUAACAAACCGGUUGAAACUUCAAACAAUUUAAUGGUCAUGAGCAAGAAUGGCAAUCACUGGUUAGCGAUUUCCCGUGCAUCAUUGGAAGAUCUGGGUCAAUAUACGUGUAUAUAUGGCCAUAUUUCAACAUCCGCUGAUCUUACUGUUAUAGAUGAGGCAUUACGUGUGGUCGUUGAUUUGCCUGUCAAGAUUGAAGUUAUUGAGCAUGGAAACAUUGAUAUAGAAUGUAAGGUGAACCUGCUAUCGAGUAAACCUAUUUGGCGACACAAAGGGGAAAGUCUACAAUCAUCUUGUAGAAAGGUUAUACUAGCCAAUGGUAAUACACAUAAAUUGAUGAUCACGAAUGUAACAUUACACGACGAGGGUGAAUAUAUAAUUGACUUUGGGAAUGUCUCAUCUAAAACAACAGUUCAAAUACAAGGGGAAAAAGACAUUAUUCACAGAAAACAGAUAACACACGAAUUGUAUAGAAAUUGGAUGAGAGGCGCUCUAGCGUUAAAAUAUUUGAAAAUCGGUUUAGAGGGGUUUUCCAACAAGGUUGUUACUAAACAACAUAAUGAUCUAAUGAAAACACUUGGAAACACAUGCAACACUUGUACAGAGAGAAGUCUUCUCCCACAUAAACAAGAUCAAUGUCCACGGCAAGGAAAACACCAAUGUUUAUGUGCUAAGAGUCAGAAAAACAAGUCAAGACAAACGUGUCCAAAUGGGGGAUUUUGUGGCAACGUUUAUAAUCGAAUAGUUUGUAAACAUCGCUUUCAAGAUCCAUCAUUUACAAACACAGAUGUCCAGAAAUGGAGCAGUGAUCCGUGGAGUGUUGCUACAUGCUUUAUAAAUACUUCUGGCUACAAAGGCAAACAAUCAGCUAAAGAUGUCGACUGCUCUGGUUUACUUAGUAUGUGUAUAAACAACAUUUAUAUAGAAAUGAUGCUUGGGGAAGUUAUCAUCGAUGGGAAAAUAGAUGCGUUUGCACAGGCACGGGAAGCGCGGAAUGAUAUUCUUCACAGUCCAAACUAUGAACUAUCUGAAAAUCAACUAAACAAGUUUAUCAAAAUGUUCAAAGAAGUACUAGAAAUCAAGGACAAACAUGGCAAUACACCACUGAAAGGGGAGCCAGGCGUUGCAAAUGCCUUACAUUUACUAGAUAUGGUGCAACAAAAUCAGAUUGAGAUUAACCUUGAACAUGAGAUGAGAGAGCUGAGAGCGCAUGGGAUGUCUAGAUUAGAAGAGAAAUACGAAACAGCAAAAGAACAGGCAAGUGUUAUAGCUAAUGCAUUUGAGUAUUGUUAGAACAUGCUUUUACGACCGAUAAAGUAAGGCAAUAUUGUUUUUCAAGUCUAAUACAAUGGAUAAUAAGUUCAAAAGGUCU